AUGGCUCGUAGAGAAAGACCCAACAACAUCAUCAACAACAACAACCCAAAUAGCCCUAGAUCAGAGAUCCGUUUCAGAGGCGUUAGAAAGAGACCAUGGGGACGUUAUGCAGCUGAGAUCAGAGACCCCGGCAAGAAAACGAGGGUAUGGCUUGGCACUUUCGAUACUGCGGAAGAGGCGGCGCGUGCAUAUGAUGCAGCUGCUCGUGAAUUUCGCGGAGCCAAAGCCAAAACUAAUUUUCCUACAAUUGGCGAGCUAAAUCCAACCCCCACCCGCAGUCCUAGCCAAAGCAGCACUGUCGAGUCCUCCUCCCCAACACCCCCACGUGCUGCUUCUCCGCCACCACCGCUCGAUCUCACUCUUAACAUUGCACACCAUAGUACCGGCCGCUAUCAGUUCCCUAAUGGGGCUAGUUUCUCCGGCGGCGCGUGGUUCCCACUCCCUACCGCUGCCCGCCCUGUUUUCUUUUUUGACGCGUUUGCUCAGGCGAAGAAUAACAACAACAACAAUAGUAUAGUGAAUAAUAACAUUAACUUGUGCAGGUUUGAUCGGACGGUGAUGGUGAAUGGAGGUGGGGUUCAUAGUGAUUCGGAUUCAUCAUCAGUCCUUGAUUAUGAUCAUCAUAACGAUGACAAGGGAUUAUCCCUUGAUCUUGAUCUUAACCUGCCCCCACCACCGGAAGUUGCAUGA